UAUUUUUUUAAUCACGAAACAAGCACAGUGUCUCAAAAAAUCGCAUGCUCAUAUCUUGUGUAACUAUUCCCGAAAUUAAUUCGCGAAUCAACUUUACAUGACACGUGUCUCUGUGUGUCAAACGCGUUUGAAGAUAUGCGAUAACCUGCAAACUUUCGAUUGCAGUCUCUAGGCAACGCAAUUUAAUCGAUUCCAGCGAAAUUAAUGAAUCCUGCGAGCGUCAAUGUUGUCGUGACAAUAAUUUCACAUCUGCAUUUCUCAUUCUUUUCAGCUUUUAACAGAAAACAAUCAUACAUUCUGCGUGCGGCUUUUAGAUGAUCCCUGCCCAGAUAUUUCGUUUAAUUCAUACAAACGGCUUGGUCUGGCAGGCUAGCAACAAAUCUCUACUGGCCAAGCUGCGCAAGAAGACCGGCUACACGUUUUCAAACUGCAAGAAAGCAUUGGAAUUACAUGAGAACGAUGUAAACAAGGCUGAAAUAUGGCUGAGGGAACAGGCACAGCAGCACGGCUGGUCACAAGCAGCGAAGUUGCAAGGCCGUAACACUAGUCAGGGUCUAAUCACAGUCACAGUUGAUGGGCAUCAUGCUGCCCUGGCGGAGAUCAACUGCGAGACAGAUUUCGUGGCGCGGAACAAGAAGUUCCACGGUCUCGCGGAGACCGUGGCCUCCGCCGUGCUGAAUCACGCGAAGUCCCAGGAGGUUCAGAACGACAUUCGGCGGAUUCUGUUCAACGUGGACAGCCUUAAAGCCCUGACGGCGACGGACGGCAAGUCCCUGACCGAUCACACUGCCCUGGCCAUCGGCAAUGUAGGCGAGAACAUUAGCGUGAGGCGCGCGCUUGCCAUCAGCGUACGAUCGUCGCCGGAUUUCACACUGUUCGGUUGCACGCAUCCCGCGCCCAUGAAUCCCAUACCCGUCUCCUUCGGCAAGUACGGCGCCGUUAUCGCCGUCAAGUGCCAGAAGAGGGACAACAUGCUCGGCACGCAGCUCUGCCAGCAUAUCAUCGGCAUGGACCCGCAGAAGAUCGGCAAUCCGCGGAUAGACGAGCCGAACGACAACACAGACGAAGAACCAUGCAUGAUCUAUCAGGAGUUUCUGCUCGAUCCCACGCUCUCCGUGCAGCAGUUGCUGGAAAGCACGGAGGCCGAGAUCAUCGAUUUCGCGCGGUUUGAAGUUGGCGAGGAGCUCGAGGAAGAGUCGACGCUAAAAAGCGCUCAAACCUGCAGUUAAAAAAAUCUUUUUUUACAUCUCUUCGUUUCUAAAUCACCCCGCAAACGGUUCAUCCGUUAUUCUGAUUAUCUUACAUUAAUAUUAAUUUUCGCGACGAUGAUAGUUAUUACUUUUGUUAUAAGGUCGGAAGAGCAAAGAUAUAUGCGAAGGAUUACUCGCAUAGUUUUGAAUAACGAGCGGUCGAAAGAAACGAUAUAUCGUAAGACCACUUCUUAGUGCUACAUGUACAGUGUACUGUUUUAUUGUAAUAAAAUCGAUGAUGUAACAUAAAAUUUAUACAGUUAU